AUGUCAAUACACAGCAAAGCCCAGUCCUCCGCAGCAAAGGAAGCAAUCAACCACUACACUCGCCGGGCGCCACAGUACGACACAGGAAACGGUGGCUGGCACAUUACGCUAGGUCAAGCAUUCGUCAAUGAGGUCGCUCCCCAGCCAGGCGCGCAAUGUCUCGACCUCGCCUGCGGCACCGGCUUGGUCACCUUUCCUCUCGCUGCAGCUACCGGAACGAACGGUCAAGUAAUCGGUGUGGACAUCACCCCGGCCAUGCUCGAUAUCGCCAGAAAGCGAACUCGUGAGCUGGACUGGGCGCCCAUCGAAUUCAUCGAGCACGACGUCGGCGACCUUGACGAUGUCGAAUCCGUGCAAUACGUCCUGUCCAAACAUGGCGGCUUCGAUAUCAUCUCUUGCUGCUCAGGACUCGUCCUCCUUGCGGACCCCGCAAGAGCCAUCAAGAAAUGGGCCGAACUCCUCAGGCCUGGUGGCAAGCUCAUCGCUGACGUGCCUACAGAAAACCACACCCUGCAAUACAUCUUCUCAUGGGAGCUACGCGGCGCGCUGAACCUGCGAAGCGACUUCAACCGCUCCUGGGUGCAGGACAUCCAUUCUCUCGAGGAGCUAUAUACUGACGCAGGCUUGGCGGUCGAGAGGAGCUGGCGGACGGGAAGUCAGGGCGCCGGGGAGCGCGAAUAUGGCGUCGAGGAGGGCGAGAGGGUGUUUGAGGAGCAGGUGCGGAAAUAUCAGGAGUUUAUGGACCCCAGAAAGAUGGACGAGACGAAGGAUGCUUUCCUGAAGAUAUGGGUUAGGGAGUGUGAGUGCGGUGGUGGGCGCUUCGUGGACGGGCAUUGGCUUUAUGUGACUAUCGCGAGGAAGGCUUGA